UAUGAAAGAAUCUUUAAUGUUGAUAAUGAAAACAUUGUUAAUGAUGAAAGCAUUGUUAAUGAUGAAAAUAUUAUUUAUAAAAAUGAUAGUAGUAAUAAAAAUGAUAACUAUAAUGAAUAUGAUGGCCAUACUGAAGAGGAUAAGAAUAGAGCAGGGCCUUUAUCUAUUACAUCUUACUUUAUUUCCCAUAAAUCACAUGAAAUUAAUUAA